UAUUUAUGCGAUGGCAAUAAUAAAACAAUACAUCUAGAGUCAAAGUAACAUGAUGCAAAUGGCCUCUUCACCAAUCUUGUUCACUAUUCUCAUCUUCCUCUUCCGUUUUCAGCACUCAUCAUCAUUCUCCCUCUCAGUUGAAAAAUUCGAAGAUGACAUUAUAGUCUCACCUAAAGGUACAUUCACAGCAGGUUUCUACCCUGUUGGAGAAAAUGCUUAUUCCUUUGCUAUAUGGUUCACCCAAAAACACAAAAAUCUCAACAACGCUACCGUUGUUUGGGUGGCAAAUCGUGACCAACCAGUUAACGGAAAACGCUCAACACUUUCCCUUCUUAAAACCGGCAACCUUGUAUUAACCGAUGCAGGGGUGUCCAAUGUUUGGUCAACAGAAACAAACUCAUCCAAAUCACUUCAGUUGUUUUUGUACGAAACAGGAAACCUCGUUCUGAGAGAACAAGACAUAAAUGGUUUCGUUUUGUGGCAAAGUUUUGAUUUCCCAACAGAUACUCUCCUUCCUGAUCAAGAUUUGACUGGGUACAUGAACCUUGUUUCGUCAAGAAGUGUCAACAACUAUUCCUCUGGUUCCUACAUGCUCUUUUUCGAUUACCACAAUAGCCUGUGUCUUCGCUACAAUGGCGUGCAAAGUUCAAGCCUUUAUUGGAAUGCUGAUAGGUUCACAUACAAUAGUAGCAGGGUAGCAACAUUAAAUCGGUUGGGAAACUUCCAUUUUUUCUAUUAUUUCACUUUCAAAACAAGUGAUUAUGGAACAGUCCUACAAAGAAGAUUGACCCUUGAUAUUGAUGGUAAUGUUCGAGUUUAUAGCCGAAAACAUGGGCAAGAGAAUUGGUCAGUAACAGGGCAAUUCCUCCAGCAACCUUGUCAAAUACAUGGGAUUUGUGGACCUAAUAGCGCUUGCAGUUAUGAUCCAAGAACUGGUAGAAAAUGUUCGUGUCUUCCAGGUUAUAGCAUAAUCAACAACCAGGACUGGUCUCAAGGAUGCAAACCAAGCUUCAAAUUUUCUUGCAACAAGACAAAGUCUCGUUUCAUAGUCUUACCUCAUCUUGAGUUUGACAACUUCGACAACCAUGUAUUCUACGAAAAUUACACCUAUAAACAAUGUAAGCAUUUGUGUUUGCGAUUGUGUGAAUGCAUAGCCUUCCAAUUUCGCUAUAUGACUGAAGAGGGUUUCUCUUAUUGUUACCCAAAGACGCAGUUAUUAAACGUACGCCGUUCAACGGAGUUUGAAGGCUCAGUCUUUCUGCGAUUGCCAAAAAACAAUACUGUUUUUUCGGAACAAUAUGAUAGCUUGGUUUGUUUGGGAAAUAAAGGAGUAAAACAAUUAGGAAGAUCAUACAUCACUUCCAAAGAAAAUGAAUCAGUGAAGUUCAUGCUUUGGUUUGUGAGUGGCUUGGGCGGAAUUGAGGUCUUAUGCUUCUUUCUAGUAGGGUGUAUGUUAUAUAAGAAGAAUAGGAAGCAAUCUAUUGUUGUUAUUCAUGGGAAUGAUCUAGAGGAAGUUACAGGGUUUAGGAAAUUCAGUUACUCUGAAAUAAAUCAAGCUACAAAAGGUUUUAGCGAAGAGAUCGGAAGGGGAGCUGGAGGAACUGUAUAUAAAGGUGUUUUAUCUGAUAAUCGAGUUGCUGCGAUAAAGCGAUUGCAUGAUGCAAUUCAAGGAGGGAAUGAGUUUCUUGCUGAAGUUAGCAUCAUUGGAAGGCUUAAUCACAUGAAUUUGAUAGGAAUGUGGGGUUAUUGUGCCGAGGGAAAACACAGAUUGUUGGUUUAUGAGUACAUGGAAAAUGGUACUUUAGCUGAUAAUCUCUCAUCAAGUGAACUUGAUUGGGGUAAAAGGUAUAACAUUGCUAUGGGAACUGCAAAGGGUCUUGCUUAUUUACACGAAGAGUGUUUGGAGUGGAUUUUGCAUUGCGAUAUAAAGCCACAAAACAUACUUGUUGACUCGGAUUAUCAACCUAAGGUAGCAGAUUUUGGUUUGUCUAAGCUAUUGAAUAGGAAUGACCUUGAUAAUUCAAAUUUCUCGAGGAUUCGAGGGACAAGAGGUUACAUGGCACCUGAAUGGGUUUUCAACAUGCAAAUUACUUCAAAAGUGGAUGUUUAUAGCUAUGGAGUUGUGGUGUUGGAGAUAAUUACUGGUAAGGGUCCAACAACAAGUAUACCAAACAAAGAUGGAGAAGACUUUUGUGAUGAGAGCUUGGCAACAUGGGUUAGGGAAAAAAGUAGAAAAGGAUCUAAAUUUGGUUGUUGGGUUGAGGAAAUUGCUGACCCUAAAUUGGGAUCAAAUUAUGAUGCAAAGAGAAUGGAAACUUUGGCAAAUGUUGCUUUGGAUUGUGUGUCUGAAGAGAAAGAUGUUAGACCCACCAUGAGUCAAGUUGUUGAGAGGCUCAUAAGUCAUUAACAUACCUAUUAAUGGCAUGCACAAUGAAUAACCAUCUCUCCUGUUUCACUUCUUGUAAUUCAGUUAUUUUCUAGAUGUAAUGUGAUUUAAGAAUGUAUGAUUAGGAUAUUAAUUUGUUUUUC